AUGGCGAGCGGCGCCGGGAGGAGCGCCACUGCUCGUCCGAUGGAGAUCACUGCCGGUCCUGGAGCUCAUCCCUUGGGGAAGCGCGUCGGCCAGGCGAGCGGUGGGGCUCCCCCCGGGGCGACUGACGUUCUUGACUAUUAUUGGGCAUUGCAGGAUGAUCACAUAGAGUCUGAUGAAGAGCUCCCUAAGAAGACAAAACGUUACGUUGCUAAUGCUGCAGAGACAUUUGAUGCUGAAUUUUAUGCUAAGUUCAAUGAUGAUAUAUACAUAAAUGUUGACACUCUGAGUGCAAUGCUUGAAACUCACUGGGACAAGCCUCGUGUCUACAUAGGUUGUAUGAAAUCUGGGGAGGUCUUUUCUGAAGCGACCCAUAAGUGGUAUGAACCGGAUUGGUGGAAAUUUGGUGACGGGAAAUCGUAAGCAACCUGUACUAGUAUUUAAUCUUAGUACAUUGAAUGCUCAAGACCACUACGUUGGUGGCUCACCCAUUUCAUUGUACCAACUCAUAGAUACUUU